AAAACAGCGUGACCUGCUUGUCCCAAUGACACAUAUCUGAGUAUAAGAUGAUCAAAAUCAGCUUUACAGUGAGACUAUUUACCAACGUGUCAGUGAAAUAAACAAGGGUAGAGUCAGAGCUCAUCAGUGUGUGAAGAUGCCUGCUGGUGUGUCGUGGCCUCGGUACCUGAGGAUGUUCGGGGCCAGUAUACUGUCUAUGUUUGCUGGAGCGCAGCUUGUUCACCAAUAUUACUUACCUGAUCUGACUAUACCAGAUAUCCCUCCAAAGCCUGGCGAGCUCAGGACAGAACUACUGGGUGCCAAAAUCAGAAAAGAAGCAGCUGCAGCUGCCUUAGCGCAGCUAAAAGCAGAGCAAAAGCUGGACUGAUGAGGAUUUAUAAAUCAUCUGUGUGUUGGACACUCAAUCAGGCAGAUAAUGUCCCCAAUUUUUGCCAACAUGCUCGGGAAUAGAGUCAUCUCUGCGACAUCUCCUAAUGGAUUUUGUGUGUUUUUGAUGUUUUAUUUUAAAGGAAGUCACAGAAAAUGCUAAACUGUUGGCAUUUGGCUGCUUGGGAUCAGGAACUUGUCUGUUGUUAAUGUAUCUCUUAACCCUUUUUGAAUGUGUUGCAAUAUGUAAACCCAAGAAGAGGACACGUGUAACAUGAACACAAUAACUGUAAAAUAAUUAUAUUCUAUUAAAAAAAUUUAA